UAGAGCUGCUCUCUGUUUCACAGCAGCAGUAGUGAGGAGAACGACACGCUCUGCAGUCAAGAUGAGUACAGGAGAUGUGGUCUGCACUGGCUGGCUCAUAAAAUCCCCCCCUGAGAAGAAACUCAAGAGAUAUACAUGGAGGAAACGCUGGUUUGUGCUCCGAUGUGGUCGAAUGAGCGGCAACCCUGAUGUUUUGGAAUACUAUCAAAGUAAGAGCUCCAAAAAGCCAAUUCGCACAAUCGACCUGAAAGAGUGUGAAGUCCAAAUAGAGACCACGCAACUUCUGCUAAAGCGACAGUUUCAUGAAAAACACCCUUUUGCUGUGAAGACAUCAUCUCGCAUCUUCUACCUGGUGGCCAAAACCGAGGAGGAGAUGAAAAGCUGGAUCAAAAGCAUCAGUCAGAUUUGUCAGUUUGGCAUCCUUGAGGACACAGGACUCUCAAAGGCUGGCCUUGCUGACAGCCCAACCUUCAGUCAGCCAUCACCUGCCACAGCUUUGAUGGAUAAUGCUGACCAAGAAGACCAUGAGUCCAUGUUAAACCAGCUGGAAUCCGGUCAUCCGCUGGACUACCUCUUCCUUUCACAGUGUGAGACAGGGGGAAGUACCAGCAGCUUUUCAAACUCUGAAGGCUCUCUGGAACAGAAGUCAUCUGACAGCAUCAUGGAGGACAUCCUUUCCUCGACUCUUUACACCAAUUUUUCAUCAUCUUUGUCCCAUAAUGGCCACAGCCCAUCUUUUUUUCCCUGUGAAGGGCUGGCCAAUCCCCCUUUCAGUGCACCCCCAUGGGCAUUUGACAGGCCAUACCAUGUGAAAUCAUCCUCUUCUCCUCAACCACAGCACUGUGCAUCAAGUGUCUUUCAGUUUGACAAACUUUAUUCUUCUGUACCGCUUGAGGCACCUGCUGACAGACAGGCGCCUCCUCCCCGGCCACCAAAGCCAAGUCACAACCCAGAAAAAUUAAGUAAUAGGGGAGCUCAUGGAUCACAGGCCAUGAGUGCACAGCAACUCACAGACCAACCUGGACUAAUCUCCAGGAGGAUCACUUUUUCCGGCCUGGACCAAUUCAGGAGAGGAGAUUUCGAGGCCACUUCAAUAAGGAACAAGAGGCUGAGUCUAAAUUUGUCGCCUUUUUCAAAUUCCACCCAAGCUCCAAACAGCGAGGAUGACUCUUACGUCCCAAUGCUCACGCCAUCUUUCCCUCUUGCUGCCGAGUUUUCUGACGGUUACAUCCCCAUGAGUCCCAGAAGAAUAAUGUCCCCCAUGUCAAAGUGUACCGCUGAAUCCCCAUUGGCUCUUGGUUCAGUCACAUACCAGUGUGGAGAUUUGGUGCCACCUCCUAUCAACCGGCAUCUAAAGCCUCGCAGGAGAGCUCGGCCUCCACCCCUUGACUUGAGAGGCCUCUCUACAAUCAGAGAAUGUCCACCUCGUGUUGCUUUGACCAGGACAAUGACUGACAUAAGCGACGUAGUCAACUGUCUACUCCUCGAUAGGCGACCUGAGGACGGGGAAACUAAAGGAGAUGAAAACACAUACUGCACUGAGCCACAACAGCAGCACUUUCUCCACGGCGAUGGACCAGCUCCUUCCUGGGCCAGGAAGUCGAACCUUGACUACCUGUCUCUGGAUUUCAAUUCUGCAUCUCCUUCGCCCGUACAGAAGCAGAAGGCCUUCCUGUCUGACGAGUACAAAGUGGACUACGUACAGGUGGAUGAGCAGAAGACUCAGGCACUGCAAAACACUAGAAUGGAGUGGACUGAUGUUCGGCAGUCAAAAGCUUAAUCCAUAUGGAGAAAAUGCUUGAUACAAACAUCAAGUGAACUACGUUCCAUCAAACAAGACAUCAACUAAGGAAAUGGACAAAGUUUAUCAAAUUAAUGUCUUUCAAACAUCAAGAGUAAUUCUCUCAUGAAAACCAGUUUUGAGAUUAAAACAAAAGUGUUUAACAUUUAAAUGUAGCGUGGAGACACCAUAUUGCACUGUAAAGACCAAAGUUGAUUUACCAGAAGGCCUUUAUUGUAAAUGUUGCUUAAUCAUGCACUGUAUCACAAUGAUAUUUUAUGGUAACAUUUUACUGAGUUUUGAAAAGGACAUUACUUAUUUAUGAAGUAUUGGAAUAACAUAUCAAUGAUGGUUUAGUUGUAAGAGGAAAAUGAAACCAAUGGACAUAAUGUUGAAAUGCACUGUGAGCUUAAUUAUGUAAAGCAAUAGUAGGAUUCCACUCCCACAUUGCAUGAAAUUACAAACCAGAAUGAAACCAAUGGCCUGUCCUGCCAUUAAGGUUUAAUGAGGAUUCCUACUUGAAUAUUGACACAUGCACUGCUAGGCAGACAUUCAGCUUUAUUUAUUUAAACAAAUCUAUUGAUUGCAGCUCCAAAAUAUUCUGUUGCUUCAGUAAAAAGGGAUCUGAAACAUAUACUAUUUAAUUAAAAUUAUGUUGAUCGAGGUGUCUCCUUUGAGACUGCCGACCGGAGAGAUGCGGUUGGUGAACGCAUACAGUGCGAGGGUGGGUGUUUGAA